AUGCGCAUCUUGACAUGGAACAUCAAUGGAUUAACUUCUGCACUGAAUUACUACCCAUGGUCAAAGAAAAAGUCUCACAAAGAAAUGUUUGCCACUAUGAAGGCUGAUAUCAUUUGGCAAGAAAUAAAGUGCCAGCCCACAAAACUAACCCAAGACGUGGCAUUGGUUCCUGGCUACGACGCCUAUUUUUCGUUUUCAAAAACCAAACCAGGCUAUUCUGGGGUGGCUGUCUACGUUAAACAGCCACUUGUACCUCUUCAAGCCGAAGAAGGCAUCACAGGCAUCCUAAAUGAGCCCAAAACCAUCAAUCCAUGCUUCAAAAGCAAUAACAAACCCACCAGUAGUAGUUCUAUUACAACCAAUGACUGUAAUGAUAAUGAUGGUGGGGAAGGUUACUUCUUUGAUGGAUUGAUGAAUAGUCCAGACCAAUUGGACAGUGAAGGAAGAUGUUUGAUUUUAGAUUUUGGACUGUUUGUUCUGCUUAAUAUCUACUUUCCAAACGAGGCGCAAGGGGAUCGUGGAUACUACAAGGCUGAUUACCAUGCCUGUGUGCGGCGUCGGAUUGAUGAUAUGCUGACAAAUGGUCGGCAAGUGAUUCUGGUGGGGGAUCUCAAUGCCAUCCAUGAGCCACUCGACCACUUUAAAUCCACACAUGGCUGGCCCGUAGUCGGGGACACUGUUUUCCAAGCAUCUGUCUAUCGACACUGGCUGAACGAGAUUAUUUAUCCCAAAGGACCUCUUAUAGACACCUGUCGAAAUUUUCAUCCUCAGAGAAAGGGAAUGUUUACAUUUUGGAAAUCAGUGACAAAUGAAAGACCUCGCAAUUUUGGAGUACGCCUGGACUAUAUUUUGGUUUCCGAGGGACUUGGUUCAUGGUUAAAGGCUGCCGAUAUUUUGCCGGAACUUUUUGGAUCAGACCACUGCCCAGUGUACAUCGACCUGUAUGACAUUGUUGAAUCUUCCGUACAAGGCACUAAAUGUCUUAUGGACCUAUUGAGCACAGAACAAAGCAAAAACAAGAACAAAAACAAGGGCAAGGGAAAUAUGACUACUGCCAGUGUCAAUAUUAGUAUUAAAAAUAAGUAUAAGAGUGCGAAUGAAAGUAGGUAUUCGAAUCUACUCGCAAAAAACUUUGCUCAGUUUUCGGGUAGUCAAAAGAGACUGGACCAGUACUUUUCGACUGUUGUCUGUCCAAAGAAUACAAAAAAAUCUACUGAUCAAAAAAUAGAUCAAUAA